CUCUCAAAAAUCUCACACGUCACCGACUACUAACUGUCACAAAUCUUGAUUUUCCUCACCCUUUUUUCUCUCCAAUUUUCUUCAUCUUUUUCCCCUCUUAAACCAAACAUGCACUCUUCCAUCAAUCUCAAACAUUCAUCUCUUCCAUUUCCAUUGACAAUUUCAUCUAUAUCCACUAAGUCAAAUCCUCAAUUUCCUCCCAAAAAACCAAUCUUUUUUACUUCUCUAAAAAAUCCAUCUACUUUCUUGACAAUUUCAUUGACACCCACCAAGCCAAAUCCUCAAAUUUAUCAUAAAAAUCAAAUCUUUUUCACUUCUACACAGUAUUCUGCAAAUAGGUAUUACUCUAAUUCAAGUUCAAGAACUAAAAAACCAAACCUUUCCUCAGUUUCUUGCUUAAUCAUGGAAGAACCACCAUUGGAUGAAAGGUUAAGUGUUGUUGACAAAGUUCAAAGUUUAUCUCUGGAAUUUAGGUCCUUAUCAGAACCAAUUGAUAGAGUUAAAAGAUUAUUACACUAUGCAAGUAUUCUCCCUCCAUUAAAUGAGUCAUCAAGGUUACAAGAAAACCAAGUUUUUGGGUGUACAACACAGGUUUGGUUAGAAGUUAGGAUGGAUAAUAAAGGGUAUAUGAGGUUUAGAGUAGAUAGUGAUUCAGAAAUUACAAAAGGAUUUUGUUCUUGCUUGAUAUGGGUACUUGAUGGUGCAAAACCAGAAGAAAUUCUUAGUGUUACAGCUGAGGAUUUGGCAGAUAUGAAUGUGGGGUUACCUAAAAAAGGUCGUUCAAGAGUUAAUACUUGGCAUAAUGUUUUGUUUAGUAUGCAAAAUAGGACUCAAGAUCGUGUUCAGGAGAGGAAUAGAGCUUUGUCUUUGGAAGAUCUUCGUUCUUUAGUUAUUAGGCCUCAAGGAAGUUACCUGGAAUCUGAGGUUAUUGUUAAGUAACAACUUAUUUUGUAUUGGUAGCUUGUUAUAUUAGUUUGUUUAUGUUUUUGGUUGGAUGUAGUACACCAUGAUCACGGGAAGAUCCAAAGGGAUCUUUGAAUUCUGCUAUUAAAGAAAUGAAUUUGUACCUUUAAUGAUGGA